AUGUUCAAGAAGUUCACCAACUUAGUCAAGAAAGACAAAGACGAAUUGUCCGAGCAAAUAGAGCACGACAAGAAAGAGCUUGAUGAUCUUGAGAAGAAGAUUAAGAAGUUCCAAAGUUCAGCCGAGAAGUUAGGUGACCAAUUCAAGACUCAAUUUGAUGACCACAAGAAGUGCAUGAAGAUCGGUGCUGAUUGUGUAAAUACCUCACCCAAUCCCUUUGAACAGUCAGUUGCUAUUAUUGAAGAGGCUUCGAAUCUGUACACUGAAUAUCAAGAAAAGCUUGAGAGUAAAGCAUUCAAGCCACUUAAAAACUUCAUGGAGUCGAUCACCACAUUACAAAAAAGAGUCAAAAUCCUUGAUGACAGAAAGAAGGCAUUAGACAAAGCCGAAGAGAAGUAUCACGACAUGUUAAAGAAGCCCGAGUCAAAACAACUUGGACUUAGUGACUUAAAAACAAACUAUCAGAAUUCCCUCGACUCAUGGACUUACUUAAGAGACGAAAUGAGUGUCGACAUCAGAAAGUUGGUUGACGACAUUAAUGGCAACUUCGCACAGAUCUGUGGUGUCUUCAUGAAGAUAUAUGCCGACUACAUGAGAAAGGCGGAUGAUGUCUGGAAGAAGUUGUAUGACUUUGCUGACGAUUUGAAGGUGGGCGACCUCGACAAACAACUGAACUUCACUCCAACAGAUCAUUCGAUGGUUGGCGAACCAAAUGUUCAGGCAAGACGUGAAAAGGAAAUUUCACAGGGAACUUACAAAAAGAUCGAAUAA